AUGCCGCCGGUGCGGUCUGGCAGGGCUUCCAAAGCAUGCGAUGCAUGCCGCAAGCAGAAAACGCGCUGUUAUGCAUCCGAUAACAACCAAAGAGGCAUCUGCCUCCGAUGCGAAACACUGUCACAGCCAUGUUCACUCGAGUCUUCACCAAGCCGGCAGCAGUCAAGACGCAGCAGCAUCAUAGACAAAGCAUCAGCGGCCAGCCGAGAUGUUUCUGUGGAUACAAGGCUUGAACGCCUGGAAAGCACAGUACAGGCUCUGGUAGAGAGGCUUGAUUCAGCCCAUGGUACCGCCAUGAGAGGUGUCGUUAGUCCCACGGCUUCGAAUCGACCGCCGCUACCAAGGCUUCAAGCCCCUCAGAACCUGCGGGAAGAAGAGAAAGACUCGGCGCCAGUGCUCUUGAUCCGAGAUGCCGCCGCACAUGCCGGUGGUGUCCAGUCACCAAAGCAGCAGGUCCAAACUAACCAACCAAGGCGCUACUCGGAUGUGAUAUCAAGUGGUCUGGUGUCAUUGAAGACCGCGCAUAUGCUGAUGUCCUUGUUCCAUGUCCACUAUGGCCGUUGGGUCAAAUUCGCCGAAGACCUGACCGCCGAGACACUCUUGUUGCAAGUCAGGGAGAGGUCCCCGCUGUUGUUAUGCAGUAUUCUCCUGAUCGCGGUACGACACACGACACAAGAGCUUGCAGAUGACCUUGCCCCUCCUCUGUACGAAGAAGCGCGAAGCCUCGUCGCACCGGCCCUUCUCACGGUGCCGCAGACCACCGAGUUUUUCCAGGCCGCUCUCAUAUUGAGCCUAUGGUCCACGACAAUCGGACAGGUGCCACUGAGCAUCGACAGCUGGCUCCUGACUGGCUACGCGAUUCAGCAAAGUCUGGCCAGCCCGUAUUUCAAUCGGGUCUGUCAAGAAGUGCAGCAAGACUUGUCCGUAAGUAGAGCUGACCUCGACGCGUGGUGCAUCUGGAAUCACCUAUGUGUCGCACAUCUUCAGUACUGCGUGGGCACUCGAAGGCAGGCGCUCCUGAACCAAGCCCAAAUCAACCAGUGUCUCCGUUUCCUCGAAUCGGACAACGUCACCAACUUCGAAGCGAGAAUGGUCGCCGAGGUUCAGCUCUACUGGAUCAUCUACGAAAAGUACAUCUGCUACGACUCCGACUCCGCCGAGGUUGUCGACUCGACAGACUCCACGACGCGGGCCUUGCAGGAGUGGCAAAGGGAUUGGGCGGGUUUGUUCAAUCAGCCGCGCUCCCAGUUCCUCCAGAUGGGCUUCCACUUUGCCCAUCUGCUUGCCCACUGUCAGUCGCUGAAGUCGACCCCCCGCGCGACGGUGGUGAUGCGGUUGCCACUCCUGAUCGAAAUGAUCCGGCUGGCCAAAUCCAUCAUCAGCCUCGCCAUGGACACGACGGACGAACGCACCCGGCACUUGACCGACCACAUAUAUCACGUCAUCACCUUUUCCGCACUCACGCUGUGUCGGCUGGUUCAUACGUACGAAUCAAAACUUCGCGCAGCCAGACAAGACAUCGAGGCCCUUGACCUCCUCGUGAUGCGACUCAUCGGUUGGCUCAAGACGAUUGGGCUCCCGUGUCACGCAGCACAUAUUCUCGGCGACGCCGUUUCUGCACAGUUCAAAAAACUACGCCCGAACUUUCAACCUGAACCACCUCAAGUCACAGACCCUGGCAUUAUUAUCGGGGUCAGUGACGGAACGUCUUGGCCCGACGACCGACGAGUAUUAUCAAAUGACAACAACAACUUUAUGUAUCCCGAUUUUAUCGGAUCCGAGUUGUUCGAUGUCGACGCUUCGUCCUGGCCCCAGUGGGACAUGAUGCUGUCUGAUGCUGACAUGUCCGUGUGA